AUGGAAGAAUCUAGAAUUUGCCGAGUAGGAGUAAAACCAGAUAUGUUGCAUCACUGUCAAUCAAAUGAUAUUCCUCAGUGUAAUGACUCAAAUUAUGGUAGCACAUCUAACAAGCAUUCAGUGGAAGAGGAUGAAAGCAGUAACAUUACAGCAAAGAGCAGGGAUUUACUGAGCCCAGUGUACUGCACACAAGAGUCAAGAGAGGAACCUCCAGGGCCAGGAGCUGGAGCAGAUCCCUCUGGUGGUCAACAAGAUUCAGAGUGCCGCAGAAACAAAGAAAAAAACUUAGGGAAAGAAGUAUUAUUAUUGAUGCAAGCCUUAAACACUCUUUCAACUCCAGAGGAGAAGCUGGCAGCUCUGUGUAAGAAAUACGCUGAUCUUCUGGAAGAAAGCAGGAAUGUUCAGAAGCAAAUGAAGAUUUUGCAGAAGAAGCAAGCCCAGAUUGUGAAAGAGAAAGUCCAUUUGCAGCGUGAGCACAGCAAGGCUAUCUUGGCAAGAAGCAAACUUGAAUCUCUUUGCAGGGAACUCCAGCGUCACAGUAAGACAUUAAAGGAAGAAAAUAUGCAGCAUGCAAGAGAAGAAGAAGAAAGACGUAAAGAAGCAACUGCACAUUUCGAGUUUACUUUGAAUGAAAUCCAGGCACAACUAAAACAACAUGACAUACACAGUGUAAAACUCCGCCAGGAAAACACUGAACUGGGAGAGAAACUUAAGAAGCUUAUUGAACAGUAUGCACUGAGGGAAGAGCAUGUUGGUAAAGUGUUCAAACACAAAGAAUUGCAACAGCACCUUGUGGAUGCCAAACUUCAGCAAACAACACAACUUAUAAAGGAAGCUGAUGAAAAACAUCAAAGAGAAAGAGAGUUUUUGUUAAAAGAAGCCACAGAAUCAAGGCACAAAUACGAAGAAAUGAAUCAGCAAGAAGUACAAUUAAAACAACAGCUUUCUCUUUAUAUGGAUAAGUUUGAAGAAUUUCAGACUACCAUGGAAAAAAGCAAUGAACUGUUUACAACCUUCAGGCAAGAAAUGGAAAAGAUGACAAAGAAAAUGAAAAAACUCGAAAAAGAAGUGAUAAUGUGGCGUACCAAAUGGGAAAAUAAUAAUAAAAUACUUCUGGAAAUGGCUGAAGAGAAAACUGUCUGUGAUAAAAAGUACAAGCUAUUUCAGAUAAAGCUGGAACGGCUAGAGAAGCUGUACAGAGCUCUUCAGAUGGAAAGAAAUGAGCUCAGUGAAAAGGUGCAAGUCCUUAGAGAGCAGCUCUCUAAUGAGACCCCAAAUA